AUGAAUGCUGAUGAUAAUAUGCGACGCGCGUUAAAUAACUUAAGAAAAGAUGUCGGAAGGAAAUAUAAAGAAACCAAAAAUUAUGAAAAAUGGAUGUUUAAUUUACGUCAAUUCUAUCUUAGAGGACAAGAUGAUCUUUUUUCAAGAUUGCAUGCUGAAAUUAAUAGAGAAAUUUUAUUCAAGCUGCAAGAAGAUUAUGAAUACAAAAAAUUGAAGAUCGAAGUUCAAUGUAAUCCGUUUUUAGUACAGGAUUGGCAGAAAUAUAAAUCAAGGAUCUUACAAAUUGCCCAGAGAAUUGACAGGAAUCUCACAAGCACCACUUUUCCACCCACAAUGGUUUCAUCAAAGAACAGAUCUGUGGAUAAGAUUACUCAAAAAAGAAUCAAAAUUGUUAAACGCCUAAGAAAAUUAACAUAUGGUUCAAAAAGAAUAUCUCAGUGUCAAAUUAUAAGUAUUUUUGAUGUACUAUAUGUAUAUUUGCCAAUAUGCCCAAGCUUCCUAAACCCGCCGGACCUUGAAUAUUCACAAGAAUUUUUUAUACGAAAACUCUUACCAACGCUUAAGAAGGAAGCAGAACAAUUAUGCGCAUCCAGGACAGCCCCUCCACCUUAUUUUCUCGAAAUGGAUGGGGCGCUAAAAGUUGGUGGUCUUCGAGAUCAACUAGUUUUCGAAUGUCGUCUUUGCAAUGAACUUGCAUUGAAUAAUAUAAAAAAAGUCAGGUUACAUAUUAAAAGUGUACAUGAACUUGAUGACAAUCUAAACAAUGUCCUUUAUGCAACGAAGGUUAAUUGCGAUGCAGUUCUUACAAACUUGUUUCAUGCUUUUUUCCUACACCAACAUUAG